AUGCUCAUGUUCAAUAUCACAAUCUUCAUGCCCCCAUUACUAACCCUGAUUGGUAUCCCGGGCUUGGAGUCAGUGCAGUUCUGGAUUGGAAUUCCUUUCUGUGCCAUGUACAUUAUUGCCAUCUUUGGAAAUUUUCUGCUUCUUGUCAUUAUCAAAUCUGAACGCAGCCUCCAUGAGCCCAUGUAUAUCUUCCUGGCAAUGCUUGGAGCAACAGACAUUGCUCUCAGUACAUGCAUCCUACCCAAAAUGCUAGGCAUAUUCUGGUUCCAUUUACCAGAGAUAUAUUUUGAAGCCUGUCUCUUGCAGAUGUGGCUCAUCCACACAUUCCAGUGUAUUGAGUCGGGCAUUCUGCUGGCUAUGGCCCUGGACCGCUAUGUGGCAAUCUGUGAUCCUCUGAGACAUGCAACCAUUUUUACUCACCAAUGUGUCACCCAGAUUGGGGUUGGAGUAACACUCAGAGCUGCCAUCUUUGUAGCACCUUGUAUCAUACUCAUUAAAUGCCGGCUGAAAUCCUAUCGAACCACCGUAGUCUCCCACUCAUACUGUGAGCACAUGGCCAUUGUGAAGUUGGCAGUAGAAGAUGUUCGCAUCAACAAGAGCUAUGGAUUGUUUGUGGCUUUCAGCAUACUAGGAUUUGACAUCAUCUUCAUUACACUCUCCUACAUCCGCAUAUUUAUAACUGUCUUCAACCUGCCUCAAAAGGAAGCAAGACUCAAAGCCUUUAAUACCUGCAUUGCCCACAUUUGUGUCUUUCUGGAGUUUUAUCUCUUGGCUUUCUUCUCUUUCUUUACACACAGGUUUGGUUUCCACAUUCCUCCCUACAUUCAUAUUCUUCUGUCCAACCUUUAUUUGCUUGUCCCACCAUUGCUCAAUCCUAUAGUUUAUGGAGUAAAGACCAAACAGAUUAGAGACCGAGUGUUCAAGAUUUUCUAUUUUAAGGAUCCUUCUUAA